AUGGCUUGCAACACGUGUAGAUGUGGACUCAAUAAUACCCUGGUUUGUACCAAAAUAGCUUGCUUGGAAAAUAAAAUAUUAGAAGAAAUCGAAUAUAUUAAAUCAAUGGCAAAAAGAAGGCAGAAUGUUAAAUCUAAGAAUAAAAAUGAAUCUAAAAAAAUAAAUGAAUCUAAGAAAGGAAAAAACGCGCAAAAUGCUUUAAAGGAUUUUCCAACUUUGCCAAAAGGAGAUUGCGUUAUUGGAAAAAUUUACAGGAAAGGAUGUCGAAAAUGUUUUUGUAACGAAAAUAAGGUCCCCAUUUGUACGAAAACAUGCUCCGAAAAUUCAUCAUACAAAUUCAAUGAUGAGGAAAUAUUACAAAUGGAAACCCGGCCAUUGACGGAAUUAGAAGAGCUGCCUCACACGGGUUCUCAGUGUGAGCCUGGCAAGUCUUACCACGUCGAUUGUAACAGAUGCCUCUGCACGCAUAAAGGAGAUCUGGCUUGUACAUUUGUAUUGUGUAUGACAAUCGACAGUUUUGAGAAAGCUCAUACCGAUAUGCUUAAUGGACGUUCAUGUGAAAAAGACUUCAAGGAACUUUGCACUAAAUGUAAAUGUGUGAAAAAUAAAAGCGAGUGUAAAACAAUAGAAUCGUGCAAAAUUGAAUCAACCAAACAGCUACUGUCCACAGCGGGUCAGAAAAUAAAACUGACCCUCGAUACGAAGAAAGAUAAAUGUGUACCAAACUCUACUUACAAAGUUCAUUGCAACGAGUGCCACUGUCAGUCAGACGGUGCUCUAAGAUGUACCCAGAGAGUAUGCCUUAGCUAUUCGCAAGCAAAAAAUUUGAAAGAAACGGAAAAGUAUUUGCUAAAACACGGACUUUAAAUUUGCAAUCAUAUUCUAGAAAACAUUUGUAAGAUUCAAUAAUUAGUAUUACAAAUAAACAAUUGCAUUAUAUG